AUGUGUAUACAGGACCCAAGCGGCGAAAACAAAGGCACCAUGGAGCUUGACACCGUCUCUCUCUCCCAGUUGUAUGCCACAGGGUAUCGUAUGUACCGCAAAAAGCACCAGCCGGAUUCAAAGCAGAACUUUACUCUGCCAACCUCCCCGCCAGACUUCGACGGUGACGCACCGAUUGAUCCGCAGACGGUUGUGCGGCACGUGCGCAGCUUAGCCAAUGCCUAUAACAGCGUCACUCCGACCCCGCCACCAUUUCUCAUAUACGAGCAGGUAAUCCUCGACGCUCAAGACGCCCUCAAGACGACGACAGAGGAGUCGAAUCAGAGCACCGUCCUGCGAAACGACGAGUCGCAGAACUCGCCGGCCCCGCACACCGCGGAUAACUCGAUGGGCGAUCUCUUCGUGUACUCCUCCACGUUCUGCUCGCAGCUGCAAUCCGACGCACUGAUGAUAUCGGUGAACUUGCUGAAUGGUAUGCAGUUGCACGUGCGCUCAUUGCAGCUUCUGUAUCAGCGUCUCUUGUCCGAUGCAAACCUUUCCCGCGCGCUGGCGCCGUCGGUUGUGAAGGAGUUACUCACUCAGCUGGACAUCUCUGUCAGGGAGGCGACGCCGCCGUCGGCGCAGGUGAUGGAGCGGUGUGCCAUUGCGGGUCUACUAGUCGGCCGCCGCCACCAGCUGGACGAGGUACUGCGCUACGCCGACAUUCUGGAGCACCUCACCAUCACCUCAGCCAGCAUCGUGCCGGUGGCGGUCCCGCACGCACGCGAGAUUGUGCAGUCCUUCUCACUUCAUGCGGCGGACAUCUGCCCCAUCCCGUCCCCGAUCGACUGCUUUCAAGAUGAGCCCAUCAAGAUGAAGAUGGUGCUUGGCGAGGGAACAGGGGUGCAGAGGUUUUGUGUGAGCCCCAACCAACAGUACCUUGCCACGGUCGGCUCGAAAAAGGUAAUGAUGCUAAACCUCUCGACCGGCUCCUUACACGCUGAGCGGGAGCUUCCAGAGGUGGUGAGCGGCUGCUGGAAUGCAACGUUCUCCGAGGACUCCACGCACCUCGUCUGCACUGAUGCGAGUGGGCUGCGCCACGCAGUUCUUACAACGGACCUGGCAACGAAGGAGGAUCGCAUGACGGAGUGCGUGUCGCUAGUGACGGACUACCACAAAGGCGUGCUGGAGACGACGCCGUCGCCGCUACUGCCAUCCGGCUCCACUGCGUCGCUGCAUAUGCUAGAAGCGAACGCCAAGGCUUACACGGCCUCCUUCAGCCGCCCCUUCCCCGACUCCGUCGACUGCUUCUCUCUCUGCGCGCACAUCUACAACGACUGCGCUGGCACGCUUAUUCACAUCGUUCCCGACACCGGGGAGGCGCUUUCUGUGGAGGUGAGCGGCAACUUGCUGAGGUUGCGACAGGGCUCCAGUGUGUGCCGGGGUGUGCUGCCCUCCACCAGCCAGUGGUACUUCUUACACGCGCAUUGGUCCAGAGGCGUGUGGGUCGUCAGCGUCAACUUCUCCAUUAUCGAGCUGAGUGGGCCGCACUACACGCAGUCGCAGACCAUGAAGAUCAAAAUGGUCGAGUGCCUGCGCUGCACCGGCCACUUCGGGUCUAUGGCGCUGUGGAGCGGCGCGAACGGCCCGGCAACGGUGCGCCGGUUCUUCCAGGAAAGAGUGGUCGACAGCUCGGUGGCGCCGCUGUUUGUUCUCCCCAUGGACGAAGGAACAGGAGCGUGGCUGAAGGAGACGGUGGGGCGCCAAUGCUUAUCUCUGAACACCAAGCCAUUCACGUGGGACUCUUCCGUGGUGGUGCCGGUCGCCACAACGAACCUCUGCACGGUGCCGCUAGACGACCGGGUUCUUCUCUCCGGCCGGGUGCUGAAGAGCGCGUACCGUCUGUUUGUGAUGCUGCCACCCGCAGAGAAAGGCUCCGACGAUCUUGUGGCUGAGGUGGACCGCGAGAGCAACCACAUAGUGCGUGUGUAUCAGUGCCCACGCUCGUGCAGCGAAAACGCGUACGCCAUACUUGGCGACGAGUCUGAGCUACUCGUCUACCAGCAGCGCUUUUCCACUUUCAGCUCUGUUCGCCUCUUCACCCGCCGUCGAAUGGAGAAGGAGCUGGCGUUGUGCAACCCAAGUGAGGCGUGCCCGUGCCUCGGCUCAGCGCCAUGGCUGUUGCAGGAGAUCUAUCGCUGCAUCUACACGGAGAGCUAUGAACUGGAGCGCGUCCUUCCAGAGAACUCGCCGCUGUCCUUCUGCACCCUUAGCUCGUUGGCGCAGGCACUGCGCGUCGUAAAGCCGUCCACGCCACCGCUGAAGGUGCUAGCGCUCAUGUCGCUGACAUUGGUGCACUUCCGCCGUCUUGCUACGCUCAACGACACCCGCAUUUCCGACAUCGCCGCAUCGCUGAAGGUGUCGUGCAGCACUAUCAUGGAGCUCUUUACGGAAAAAGCAUUCUUGGAGGUGACAUACAAGCUCUACCGAGUAGCAACUGCGUGGUCUCUCACCGUCGAAGACCAGGCAGAGAUGCUUCUGCACAUGGACUCUGGCGAGCACGCUGACCUGCAAUGGAGCUACUUCUCGCGAGAGCGUGUUCACACUGUCAUUCGCCACGUUGUGCAGCAUCGUCCAGAGGACAUCGUGUCGGCCGCGAAGAAUCUCUUGCACCAGUGUGAGCGGGAGACCACCAGCGAUCCUGGUGAGCCGAGGUCGGCGACGCACCUUAUGACGUCCUUCGUGCUUGCUGUCAUGACUACCCUGCCCACGCACGCCGCGGGCAAAUCGGAGUCGUACGUGAGUCAGCUCCUGGAGCUGUUUGUCGACUACAUGUUCCACUGCAAGUCUCUCUUCACCCCUGCACGGAUCGACGAGCAGCCGAACUCAGUCCUUCUCACCGGUGUGCUGCCGCUCUUCGUGACUGUGGCGAACGUGUGCCCGGCAGCCGUCUCUACUGACACACAGGAGCAUCUGCUGGAGCUGUGUGACCGUCUGCGGGCGGUUCCGGCCAGUCCAGAGCAGGUGGUCAGCUUCUCCACCCACGAGGCGUACGACAUGUACGUGCCAAACAAGGAGGACACCGGCAUCUGGCGCCUGUGUCUCGACUUUUCCACCGCACGAAGCGUGUCCCUCAUCAAGGAGGCCAGCAGCCCACCAGUGUUUGUGGUGCAGUCGGACGCGCAGAAUGGCAAACCUGACAACACAGUGAUGGACGAGUCGAGCUCCUUCAAGAAGCUGGACGGUGGCGUGCUCCACAUUCACGGUAAGGGAGAAAACAGCUUUACGGCCAUCGCGCAGUACGAUUUUGUGCUUGACGUCUCGCUGGCCUCCGUAAUGCGCGAGGCGAUCUUGCGAGUGCUGCUGGCCGCCGCAGCGGAGCUGAUGCAGAAGCCACCGACGUCCUCCGAGAUCGUCAUUGCCCCGCUAUUUCGGUAUGGGCUAACCACAAGUGUACUGGCCGCCCACAACGUCGAUAUGCAUGGCGUACCGCACCAAAAUAUCUUCGACUUUCCGCUGCGGGUUCUGGAGGACAGAGACGAGGGCAAGGAGUUUGUCGAUGAGGUGACUAAGGCGAUGCGGGGUUCCAUUCUGCCAUCGAUGCGGCCCGCCAUCCGCGCGCUGCUGUCGAUCCUUCUGCAUUGCGGGCUGACUCGCGGACAAGCGGAGGACGAACUGAAGCUGCGCUGGUUCAGCGGGGAGUGGAGCACGAAGCUUCAGGGCAGCACGAAGGAGCAAACGAUCGUCUUCCUCACAUCGCUGGCGCGCUGGAUGAUGGAGUGCGUUUCCUUUGAAGGUGACGGCGCGACACCGAUGUGUGGUCGCCGCACCUCAGUUCGGCUCGAGAACCCCAUGAACUGCUCGAGGUCACUGUCAGAGCGUCGGGGAUCGACGAGCUCGCGCCGCAGCGUCGUGAAGCUGUCAUCGCAGAACGACUCGCUAGAGCAGGUGCGCUUGUUGCUGGCGAAGGGGAUUACACCGUUAAUGAUUCAAGAGGACUUGAUCAGCCGCGCACGCGCGGCGCAGAACAUCGCAAAGGGGCUCCAGCUGCUGUCGCGUCUGCUGCAGAUCCACCCGGCCGGCCUGACAGAGGACUGUCUGACGAAAGCGCUGCGCGUCCUGUGUGCCUUCACGUGCACUGACAACUGCCAGCACUUCACGGAAGUGUUAUGCGGCGCCGGGGUUGAUGCGGAGACGGCUGUCCGUCGUGCAUUUCACGGCGUACUCCACAGCUUCUUUGCUGUGCUCAAGAACUCCUCGAGCACGAUUGGGUACCGGGCUGCCCUGACACAGAAGGCCUUCCAAGGGCGCGCGCUCAUGCAGUUCCAUGCCAUUUUAUGUCUCCCAUGGGAUGAGGCGGACUGCGAAGAAUUCAAGCACAGCUUCGAGACGGAUAACGACAUUCUGAAGUUCUUGGAGAGCCAGAUGGGCUCGCCCACGGCGCUGUCAGCGCUGACGUCGCCGUGGCGCCUGCGGCAUGAAACAUCUCGGCCUGCUGAGGACGUGGCAGCGGAUCAGGAACAGGCGGUGCGGACGGAGCUUCUUGGCGCGGCUGAUUUUACCUCCCUCAGCCGCGUCUUUCCGAACGGUUUCUCUGUGGUCAUUCCAGCUAUUCAAACAGCACGGUCGCAGUUCGGCGUCGUGAUGGAGAAGGGCUCUGGGGCUGCCGUACUGGUGCGCGCUGACGAGGGAUGGCAGCUGAACUGGAAGGAGGGGGUCCCGCGGGUGUACUACUACGAGGUGAAGAUCAACUCUCCUAUCAACAAGUUUGACGUGGGUGUGCAGCUGCCGCGCACGGAGCUCGCCCUCCGCGGCGAGGACCUGUUGCUCUCGUACAGCAGUCUUGGUGAUGUUCACUGGGGCGAGCAGGCUCAGCUGCCGCCUUUCACAGAGGGUGACACCGUCGGUUGCGGUAUUGUGGCCACUUCGCGUCUUCUAUUCUACACGCUCAACGGCCGCUUUCUUUCCUUUGCGGGGCGCGUCAACGUGCCCACAAACGCCAACGCGGACAGCGCGCUGCUGUACCCCGUCAUCUCCUUCGAUGAUCGUAGCAUGGUGCGCGUCGUGGUGAACUUUGGAACCGUUCCUUUCGCGUAUGACUACCGCCAGCUGCACCCGGCGCUGACGAUCGAGAAAGGCCCGACUUGGUACCGCAUCACCUCGACGGCUGAGAUGGUGCUACACUACCUCACGGCUCGAGUGUGCGCUGUGCAGGAGUCGAAGAGCCACAGCGCCCGUGGCGCGCUGACGCAGGUGUGCGAUGUGGUAUGCCGCCAUGUGAACAGCGUCACUUCAUCACUCAUGAACAUUGGGGUUGGCGGCUCCGCGAACAGCAACUCGACGACACGCGUGCAGCAGGCUGUAGCGCUGAGCGUUGCAGAGUACUCGAUCAUGGUGCUCAUCUCCACCAUUCGACACAUCGCCACGCACGGUAUUCUGCUGAGCGAGCACAUCAGCAACAUGGUGUUCGACGCCGUCUCUAUUCUUAUGCUGCUACCGCUGCAUUCUGUCCAGAUCGCGACGAUUGGGUUACUGCCGGACGUCAUUGUGCACGUCAAAGAGGUCCCCGACGGCAAGGCAACGGGAAACUUGGUGUCUACCCUGUUUGAGAACGCUAACUGCGCCACCGAUAGCGAGGACGUAAUCCCGUUCGUUCCAAUGUGGUGCGAGUGCGAUGCAAGCGCUAUGGCGAUCGUGAACGUGCAGAACGCGCACAUGCUGCAGGACGCGCAGCGCAGCAUUGUGCUGGGCAAUGUGCUGCCCCGCACAGGAAUGGUGUCCUUCUCUGUCAAGGUGGCGAGGCGUAACAUGUCGAAGGGACACUCGCUGAAGGGUGGCUACUUUAUCGGAGUGUCCGUGGCGGGCCUGAGCCCGCUGACGCCGACGAGCAACUCGCAGAGCUGGAAGGCCGUCAACCCGCCUAUUGUGUGGGCCAUCCAAGACACAUCACCGCAGCUGCCGCAUGCCACGAACCCCACCGUCAAGCUCAACAACUUCCAGCGCACCUUCGGCAACGCCGACAUCAUUCGAGUUGUGGUGGAUCGCGACAAGCGGUGCAUCGACUUCUACCGCGAGGGCGAGUUCCUGAAGACGCUGUUCAGCGGCAUCCCGGAGGACAUUGAUCUGGUGCCGUUUGUGCAGCUUUACAAUGACGACGCCGCCGCCACGAUUAGCGCCGGCACCAUGACAGCCCCAAUCACCGGGCCGAUGCUGCUUGGCGCGGCCUCGGUCGAUGUGCUGCGCUCUAUGCUGACACUCGAUCCUUUCCAAUGCCUCGUCGCACAGCGUCUAUGCGAGGAGCUUAGCUUCCAGCGGUUCCCGAAGGUGACGCUGCUGAUCUUCAAAAGCGUGCCAGACCCGCGUCUGCUGCAGCUACGUAGCUCGGUGGGAGAGGAGGUGACGGUGACGGUGUCGCGACUGAACGAUUUGCGCUGCAAGUUCACGCUUGGCGACAAGGCGAACUACGAGCAUCUCUACAACAUGCGCACACCGGCCAAGCCGCGGACGGUGUGUACUUUUGACAUUGUUUUGCCGAUCUCGCGGCUGACGGGGCUGUCGCGCUGCAUCGACCACCUCAUCGCCGCAGCAGAGCGCAUGGUGGUGCCUCGCAUCACGGUGGAGGCUCUCUGCUGUACGGAGCAGGAUGAACGCCGCAAGAUCGUGCUCGAGGAGAAGGAUCACUGGGACUUCCUCUUUCACGGGCUGCGCGUGGGCAGUUUCAUUACGGUGCUGCGUCGGCUUCCCUCCAUCACCGCCAUGCGUGCCCCACCGAUCCCGCACGACUACACCUUCUCGGCGGCGCUCUCCAACCCAGGCUUUCUGCUGCCCUCGCACUACUGCGGACGUCUCGCCACAGUGCCGACCGGGGCAAAAGGGGUCUCGACACCGUUCAUCGCGAUUGCAGAGCCGGCCAUUCCUGCGGGAGCAAAGGUCAGCAUCCGAUGCCAGCUGAUUCGCGGGAAUCAAGGCCAGAUCCUCGGCGGUGGGUACUACUUCGGCGUAUGCACGCCGAGCUUUCACUGGAAGCACAAGGACCUGAAUGUACACACGGGUGAGGUGUGGGCGCUGCACGACAUGGAUGACUCGCCGUGGCGACUGCGCCACCUGCGCCCCGACGCCACGUUUCCGGUGGCCGCAGAGCCCCGCUGCAUCAUUGUCAGCGGCGACAUCAUUCGCCUUUAUAUUGACCGCAACGCGCGCGUCGUGCACGCCUUUCGCACGCCUGUGAACGGAGACGAAAUACCGCUCGGGCUCAUCUUUGACAACCUUCCGGCUGACGGCCCUCUUUACCCUUUUGUGAACCUUUUCAAUACGGACGCGGUGGCCGUCUUCCUGCCUUCCAACAGCACCGCGCCGGCCAUUCGCCUGCCCUGCCAAAAGCUUCUGUACGCUCUGUGCACCUCAGACGAGCGUAAGGCGUGUGAUGGGUGCAAUUCGAACCUCGGCGAUGCGAGGGUGUCUGGCCGCUGGUUCAAGUGCAACGAGUGCGCUGACUACACGCUGUGCUCUAACUGCUUCUUGACUUGCGUGCAUUCGAACCACAGCUUCACCAUGAUGCAUGGCUCGUCGAUCGCCUACUCAACCACGACUCCGGCCACGGUUGAGCGCGGCAUGGAGGUGACGAUACCAGCCACGUCGGCCAUGUACCUGCGCAGCAGCGGUUGCCGCAUGCACGAGGCGAAGAUGAACUGUGUCGCUGAGGCGGUGGAGGACAACGCACUCUGCGCCUGGGGUCUGAUCAGCCAAGACGGCUCUGAGCCGUUCUCUGUCGUGAUCGACACUGUCGAUGGAAGCCCUCUCUCGCCGGAUGCGCCGGUGUUGGUGGGGCUUGGCCCGGCGCAGGAGAUUGUCCAGUCGACGCGUGAUAAGCUGCGCGACAAGUGUCUGGCGAACAUCCCUACCAUCGCGACGUACUGCAGCGACCCAUCACUGCGGCAGCCGCUGGACAACCGCAGCAGAGACCCGUACGGCUUCAAGCGCGGUUCGCGCAUCACUCUCAAGUACGACGCCGCCGCAGGCAGAGUCACCAUCUCGCGCGACUGGGUCGUGGUUGGCACGAAGUCUAUCGCGCUGAAAGACAGCGAGAACGCCGUGCAGCCCAUUGGCUGCUUUGUGUUGUUGGGCAAGAAGGGCACCACCGUCUCUGUCUUCCCGGAGCGCGCGUGCACGUUGACGACAACGGUGGAAGAGGUCACCGGAAACAUUCUCAAGACGGUCGGCCGCGACGGCAGCGUCUGGUUUGUCACACGCGAGAACUGUCGCCUGCCGUUGACGCCGUGCCGCGGCUUGUUUCAGAAGAGCAGCCUGGGGUACAUCUUGAUGGAUCACCGGCUCGCCCAGUGCCGCCGGCAAAGCUGGGACAACCGCCUUAUCUGGGUUCAGGUGCUGGAGACAGAGGAGGUAGUGUCGGUGCCACUGCACCACUACCUCAUCAACGAGAGCAGCGCCAUCUCCGAGGAGUGGUUUCUCUGCCGGCGUGACCGCAACGAGGGCGCAACAGUGGAGGAAGGCUUCGUCAUGUCACGCCUUCUCCUCAUCCUCUCGUGCCUAUGCGAGAAUGAAUCCCUCUCCCACCUGGUCUCGCUCCACCAGGAGCGGCUGCUGAGCAUUACGAAGCGCUUGGCCACAGUCAAUAUCGAGAACGACGCGCCAGUCGACUCCCUGGACGAGAUUCGAGCAUCCGUCGCCUCCACAGCAAACCGCCGGCGGUGGGCUCUAGAGAAGCGCCACAUUGCCCCAUUUGUUCCAGUCCUCAACACGGACGAGCGGAAGCGGCGCUUCCACAACGGCACCCUCUUGCACACAGUCGACAGUGAUGACGUUUUCGAGGUGACGUUUCGGCGCGGUGAGUCACUGACGGUGCGAAACACGCGUAGCGAGUCGAUGUCGAAGGUGUCAUACCGGCACUGCGUGCCGCUGAAGCAGUGUGGUGGGAGGGCUUGGUACACUCGGCGUAACGGGCUUCCGUGCAGUCUCUACGAGCACACAGUGCGCCUCAGCGACCCCACCAAAGCCUCGGAGAGUGUGCCGCUGCAGGACGAGUGGCUGGGCGAGGUCGUCUUCGCACGCGCGGCGAAGUCGCUCACAGUGUCUCUUUCACCAAACGGCAUUGGCCGCGCCGACAUUGCGCUGGGCACAACCGAGGAAACGAGGUUGAUUGUUGUGUACGAGCACAAGAGGUACGCUCGAGUCGUCCACCUCUUUAUGCGCCUCUAUAGCGCCGACCUGGAGUGCAAGCUAGAGCAGCUCGUGACCAGCAGCGGUGAAGGAUCGUUGACGCCGACGCGUGACUAUCAGGAGCUUGUCGACUUCCUCAACAACGCCGCCGCACCUGGGCACGACAAACCGGUGUUGGCGGGACAGGAGAUAUACUUUGGUAUGGUCGGGUUUCUCGACGCGGAGGGGCUGCGGCUGAAAGGCGUGUUCCAAUGCCACCAAGGCAAGGGCGGCACCUUCACUCUCAACUCGUGCCGCAGAUUCGCUCUGCUCUCGUCCGUGUCGGAGAAGUGGAUGGUGGAGCCGCUGCCGGACUGCCAGGACGCGUCGAUUCCACCGGCCCCGCAUCGCAAUAUGCCGGAGUCCACCCACCGCCUCGUCGUGCUGCUGGCACGCCACCUCUACCUCGUCACCUGCAGUCAGAUCGAGCACCGGCCCGCCGACUUCCUCGACCAUAUUUUCUUCUUCACUAACCACCCACUCGCAGACAUGCUAGUCUGCAAGGACGCUGGCACCCACCAGCUGAGUGUGAUGCUGAGCGAGGUGAACAUCCGCAUCACUGACCUGAGCGUGAAGCCGUGGGACGCCAUCUCACUGGCCCGUCUCACCACCAACAGCCUCUUGCUCCGUCCUGAGGCAAUCAACAACGUGCGUGAGCACCUAUUGUGGGACUGCCUGCAUGGCGUAGUGACGGCGGCUCACCGUUGCGGCCGCUACCACCGCCACGAGGUGCUUCGAAGUAUCACCACCUUUGUGCAGACGAGGCUGGAGUACACCAGCAUCUACCAGCAGCUCUUCUCUACGCUGUUUUCGAACGUGGAGCGGUGGGUGGUGGCGCUGCCAGAGGAUAGAGAGAUGAAGAAGGACGUCGCGGCAGGCAUCGAUCUUCUCCUCGCUCUCGGAAGCCCUCUAGACGACCAGAUGCGCAAGAUUCCGGUAGCUCCCCUGCACUGCCUCAUCGAUUUGUGGCGCUCUGUGACCGCCGAAGUGGCGCUGCCGCGCGUGGUGGAUGAGCUUCACCUGGCGAUCGAUCCCGAGAGCCCUCCGGUAGACACGCUCUGCACCUUCGGCGACUACGUCCGACAGGAGCUAAAGGUGGGCAAGGUGACAAGCACGUGCGGCACGGCUGGAAAAGGGCACUACUACUACGAGGUGACGCUGCCGGAUCGAAUCACGUCCGCCUACGCGAUCGGCUGGGGAACAGCGGUGCAUAACGAGGUGCCAGGGCAGCACGUCGGGAGUGACCGUAACAGUUUCGCGUACAAUGGCAGCGACAUCAACACACGCGAUGGAAAGGAGGAGUACAAGAUCCCCACGGAGAGCAUCCCUGGAGCUGUUGUGGGGUGCCUGCUCAACGUGGAAGAGCGAACGGCGGCCUGGUCUCUGAACGGGGUGGUGGGACACUUCAUCUCCAUCCCCAUCAGCUUCACGAACAGCACGUCAUUCUUCGCUUUCGCGUCGAUCGGCACGUGCAGCGGAAUGAAGGUGCGACUGCGCGCAAACGAGUUUGAGUACGCACCAGACGGCUACACCGACCUCUCCGGCCGUUUUGCGCGUCCGGUCGUGGACAGCUACAAUCACAACCAGCGGAGCUUGAUGGACCAGCAAUCCUACACGUUCUACCUACACCUUGCGUCCUUUCUCUCCGACGUGGAGGACUACCUGGACGAUCAGGCGGCGCAGAACCACACCGCCUCUCUGUCGCAACUGCCCGAGGACCCGUACAAGCUAUUUGUGCACGCCUACCCGUUGCUUCAGUCGUACCCCCCGUCUGCGCUGCAACAGUUUGCGCAGGUGGUCGCGGUGACGGAAAGCUGCAUGGCCACGGCGAACAACUUUGUUGACCUGGACGAGGAGACUGUGACAGGGACGCUGUCGCAGGCGUUCCUGGCGAUGAAGGGGCUCGUCCGCCGUUCCUUUCGCCAGCGCCUGUUGGUGAACGUGGCCCCGCUCGAGGCGGUGAGCACGGUCCCCACGGUCUUUGUGCGCGUGACGGAUCUCUACUCUAGUCUGCCGCGCACAACGGAGAGUGCGCUGCGGCACUCCAUUCUCGCGCAGCUGUACCGGCAAAUCGGGUUCUUAACAGAGGAGCAGUGGGCGGUGUCCCCUCUUUUCAAGGUGAACCUGCACAUUAGCGGCUCUGGGCACGCCCCGGUUGACAUGGGCGGUCCGUACCGGCAGCUGUGGACCUUCCUGGCAUUUGAGAUGAUGCAGCACCCUGACAAGUGCUACCCCAACUCUGACUUCCACCGUAACCCACUGUUUGUGUUUGUGAACAACUCGCAGCGCAUUUCCCUCGUCCCGGACAGUCAGGCGAACUCCAUCUACGACCUCAACCUCUUCACCUUCUUUGGCAAGAUCAUGGGACACUCGGCACGUGCCAAGACACCGCUCGACAUCGACUUUUCGCCGUUUUUCUGGAAGUUCCUCGUUGACGACGAGUUGACGAUCAAGGACUUUUACACCCACGUCGACAGUGUCGUGGAGGCCACCGUGAAGGACGACAACUUCCUCCUGAGCGGCGUCGCGGACGAGCUGAUCCCUGGCUUUGCGGAGAGCGUCGAGUGGCUGGACAGCGACGACAACGACGAGGUGGCCGCGCAGCAGCGGCGCACCAUUGCCGAGCGGUGCCUCGUGCACUCGAUGGAUGAGCAGCUUAGCGCCAUCCGCAGCGGCCUCUGGAAAACACUUUCGCGCCGCGUUGUGCGAUGCUUGUCGUGGAGGGAUCUAGAGCAUUUGGUGUGUGGCGAGAGCAGCCUCACGCCGCAGGAUUUGCAACGGUACAUCCGCGUGCAGCUGACGGGCAGCCGCGAAGCGCACUUCUGGCAAAUCGUUGAGCAGCUCUCGAUGGAGCAGAGAGCCUCGCUAAUCUGCUUCGCCUCUGGACAGCGCCGGCUGCCUCUGAUCCGGCCCAUCACCGUGGCAGAGAACAACGAAAGCGUCGACUACCUUCCCCGCGCUCAGGCGUGCGGGUCGCUAAUCACCAUUCCGCAGUACACCUCACUAGAAAUGUUCAAGGAAAAGCUCCUUCUGGCGCUUCAGCACCAGAUGGAGAUGGAGCUGGCGUGA